AGCGACGCCAUUGUUAUGCGGGCCCGCCGAUAAGCACCAGGCGCGCAGACAUGACGCGGAGGGCGCUCGUCGCUGCUUCUGUGCUGCUGCUGGUGGCGCUACAGCUGGCCGUGGCAGGCUCGCGCCGGCUGUCGCCCCGGAAGCGCUUCACGGCCUCCCCGCCGCCCGACGUGCAGGGCUCGGGCGAGGCGGACGACGACGGCCGCGUGUACAAGAACCCGCGCAACUCGCCCUCGCCGCUGUGCCCACGCGACGAGGAGCAGGCCUCGCUGCUGGGCCAGAAGUGCCUGCGCAAGUGCUCCUCGGACGAGGACUGCAAGAGCAAGAAGAAGAAGUGUCUGUGCGACGGCGCCUGCGGCAUGAGCUGCAUCAAGCCAGAACGGGAGUGUGAGCCACUGAGCAACCCCGAGUUGGGGGCGGUAACGCUGAGCGGAAGAUUGUUCGGGGACCGCGCUGCCUACACGUGCGAGCCGGGCUACCACGUGGUGGGACUGCAGGAAAGGACAUGCCAGGCUGAUGGUACCUGGUCAGGCAGCAUGCCAUCCUGCAAGCAGAACAUCUACUGCACGUCUCCGCCGCACAUCGAGCACGCACGCCACAACGCGCUGCCCGAACAGACGACCUUCGACCUGGACAGUGCGCUGCAGUACCAGUGCCACCACGGCUACGUCACCAACGGCUUCCCCAAGGCCAAGUGCCUCGCCAUCGACGGCCAGGCGUCGUGGUUCGGCCCUGACAUCUCCUGCGAGCCGCGCUCGUGCGGCCCGCCGGCAGACAUCCAGCAUGGCUGGCACGCCGGGGAGUGCUACACCUAUGGCUGCCGCGUGGCCUACCACUGCGCCGACGGCUUCGAGGUGGUGGGCCGGCAGGAGCGCUACUGCCAGGCGGACGGCAGCUGGAGCCCCAAGGAGCUGCCCAGCUGCGUGCCCGUGCAGUGUCCCCCGCCCGAGCACCCGGCGAGCGGCAAGGCCGUGUUCACGUCCUGCUCCUACAACUCGGUGGUGUCGUACGAGUGCAAGUACGGCUACACGCUGGUGGGCGAGCCCACGCGCCGCUGCGGCGCCGACAAGAAGUGGACGGGCUCGCAGCCGCAGUGCAAAGAGAUAAACUGCGGCCACCCGGGCCCCUUGUACAAUGGCUGGCUGGAGAACAUCGAGGCCGGCACGGGGCUGGGGGCUAGCAUCAUCUUCCGCUGCCACGACGGCAUGAAGCUAGAAGGGCACACGUCGUCCGUCUGCCAGAUCGACGGCCACUGGCGAUACCCGCUGCCCCUCUGUCUAGCGCCGUGCGUGGUGCCGGGCAUCGAACAGGGCCGCAUCGUGCUGCUGGGACGGGGCAACACCAGCCUGGGCGACCAGCCCCUGGUGGUGGCGCACGGGGAGCGCCUCAGCGUGGACUGCGACCCCCGCUACGAGUUCCUCGCCAACAACACCGUGGCCUGCAACAACGGCACCUGGACUCACAUACCUCGCUGUGAACCAGCGAGGUGCAAGAGGCUGCCGAGGGCGCCGCGCAAUGGCAUGGUGAUCGCGCCCAAGACGGACCACGGCAUGCGCGCCAGGUUCAAGUGCAAGGACGGCUACACGCUGCGGGGCAGCAACGUGACUUUGUGCCAGUACGGCAACUGGACCGGGGCCGCGCCCUACUGCCAGGAAGUGUACUGCCCGUUCCCUGGCUACAUAGAGAACGGCAAGGUGAUGCUGGUGGGCAACAUGGGGCUGUACGACUACCGCUCGUACGUGCGCAAGGUCACCAACAACAAGCAGAUCAUGUACGACUGCAACCGCGGCUACAUGCUGGUGGACGGGCCCCCGGGGGCCACCUGCAUCGGCGGUCGCUGGAGUCCCAAGGAGCUGCCCCGGUGCGUGCCCGGGAUGCACCCGCGCCUGCGCUGGAGCCGGGCGGCGCGGCAGAAGCGCGCCCUCAUGGCCAAGCAGAACACCCUGCAGCACCGCCAGCAGGCCAAGAAGCCAGAGCCCAAGCCGGCCUCGGGGCGCCAGCCGGAGCGACGCCGCAACAACGGCGGCAGCAGCAAGGGCCGCAAGAACAAGAAGAGGGGCAAGGCCAAAGUGGCGUGCGAGCUCGUCUCGCGCGAGCCCCACAUGGAGCUGGAAGUGACGAGGGCGGGGCGCGACCCCAACCAGACCUUCUCGCCAGGCACCGUGGUGCAGGUGACGUGCGGCCGCGGCUACGGCCACAACCUGGGCGAGAACGGCACGGCGCGGUGCGUGCGCGGCCAGUGGCGGCCCGCCAAGCCCGACUGCUUCAUCCUGCCGUGUCGGGUGCCGGCGGCGGCCAGCGGCUCGUACCGGCUGUCCUCGCCCGACGGCCGCGCGGGGGCGCCGCUGAACGAGACCUCGCUGGUGGACAGCGGCGAGGUGGUGCAGUUUUCGUGCCGGCCGGGCUACAACCUGCAGGGCGCGGGCAACCUGCGCUGCUGGCACGGCAACUGGACCUCCGGCCUGCCCGAGUGCACCCCAGCGCCGUGCGAGCUGCCCGCCAUCUCCAACGGGCAGUACCUGUCGGGCUACCGCGCCGGCCUCACCAUCGCCAACGGCUCGUCGGUGCGGUUCCAGUGCGACAGCGACUACAGCAAGUCCACGGCCCAGCCGGUGGAGUGCGCGCUGGGCGAGCUGAGGCCCCGUGCGCCGGCCUGCCGGCACCACACCUCGGGGCCUGCGCUCGGCGCCGACCUCCCGGCAGGCAGGACGCGCAUCAGCGACGCGGACGGCGAGUUCAAGGGCGGCAGCGACAUCACCAAGGAGGGCGACGUGGUGGAGCUGCAGGGCUACCUGCGCGCGUGCGGGCCCCCGGCCAAGGUGCAGGGCUCGCUGGUGUACCGCGACGGCGAGCCGCUGGGAGACAAGGAGCGCAGCUUCGCCGACGGCACCGAGGUCACCUUCAACUGCAUCGCCAGCAUCAUGGGCGAGAAGACCACGUGGCGCAUCGUGUGCGAGGACGGCAGCUGGGUCGGCCGCUCCCUGUCCUGCGACGGGGACGACCUGCUGGACGGAGUGGCCAGCCACCUGCGCAACAGCACGUGUCUGUUCAGGAACUCCGAGCCCAACGUGGUGUCCUUCUACAACGACCAGCAGAUCACCGAGGAGGUGGUGGAGUUCCCGCCCGGCUCCACGCUGGUGUCUCGCUGCGUGGACAUCGGCAAGUACGCGAUGAUCGGCUCGAACCGGCGGCGCUGCGUGGGCGGCGAGUGGGACGGACAGAAGCCCGUCUGCUUCGGCCUCAACCAGGAGAACGACUACGCCUUAGAGAAGCCGCCCACGAUCCUGUUCCGCCACCAGCUGGGCCCCAUCGCGCAGAGCAACGACGGCCGCCUGGUGGUGUACCCGGGCACCAUCCUGCACAUGGAGUGCCUGUGGGUGCGGCGCUUCGGCUCGCCCAAGUGGGUCGUCAGCCACAACUACAGGAAGUACCCCGAGGGCUGGACCACGGACCCGGGCCGCGACCCGCAGCUGGAGUACCGCCUCAGCGUCUUCCACGCCAGCCGCGACGACUCGGGCCUCUUCACCUGCGUCACGCCCACCCGGCACACGCACUCCGUCGAGAUCGUCGUCAAGGCCGUGCACUGCCCGGAGCUGCCCGCGCGCCGCGGCCUCAGCACCAACUCCGCCAGCACCAAGAUGAACGCGCGCGUGCUGCUGUCCUGCGCCAACGGCAACUCGCUCAUCGGCGCCGCCGAGGUCACCUGCCUGCCGUCCGGCAACUGGAGCGCCCCGGCGCCCGUCUGCGAGAGCAUCGAGUGCGCUGACUUCGUGAACCUGACGGACCCUCACCUGCGGGUGUCCAUCCUGAGCCGCGAGGUGGGCGGCCGUGUGGCCUUCAGCUGCGCGCCGGGGCACGGCCUGCGGGGCCCUCACGAGGCGGUGUGCCUGCAGUCCGGGGACUGGGCGUCGCCGCUGCCCGUCUGCCAGGAGGUGCGUUGCGACCCGCCCGCCGUGCCGGAGAACGGCUACAUCCAGGGCAGCGGGCCCUACAAGGCGGGCGACGUCAUCCAGUUCAACUGCAACCCGGAGUUCAUGAUGGAGGGCCAGCCCAUCAUCGCGUGCCAGGAGAACGGCCGCUGGUCCGGCAUGGUGCCCAAGUGCGUGCAGGCGUGCUCGUACCCGGGGACCGCCAUCAGCGGCCGCAUGUCGGCCGUCAAGUUCUACUACAAGAUCGGCGAGACCAUCACGUUCACGUGCGACGAGGGGCUGGAGCUGAGGGGUGCGCCCAUGCUGCGCUGCCUGCGCAACGGCAAGUGGUCCAACGCCAUCCCGACCUGCCAGGCCGCGCCCCGGGCCCCGGGCGCCGCCCGGUAAUAACCCCCGCCAGCGAGGAGUCCAUCGCGCUCUGGCGAGUCGCACGACCAGGCACUGGGAGCACGUUCAUCUCCUCUGACCGCAAACCUGGCAACUUUUCACCAGCAACUGGAACGUUUCACAAAUUCCGCUACCAGGGAUUGGAAGGUUACCCCGAGAUUUAUGACUAGGAACUGGAAUCUUCUCAACCAGGACAACUCCUUAAGUUUCACGGCAAGGAACUCUAAAAUUUCACACAUUCGGCAGCUUGUCUUUUUACAACCCUCUGAAUACUUUAGUCAGUGCCAUUUAAAUUAAACGGUGAUCGGCGCUGUUAGAAGAAAUUCUCACUUAUGAUGACUGCACGUGAUUAGUUCAGUACCUUUUCUCGGGUCCACUUUUCACCACAUAUCACUUAAUCUUUUGGUCCAGACAGCAAAAUGUCACAAAGCCCAUACUUAUCUCUUGAUAAUCCUAUGAAUACUCGAACUAAUGGAAUUAAGUUCUUGGCUACUGCCUUUCACUGAGAAAAGAUAUUGAAUAUUACAUCGUUUCUCACUAAGGCUAAGUGGGUUUAUUAUGGUUCAUCGCGGCAUGUGGUUUAUAACUUAAGACAAGCCAGUUUGCUAUAUUAUCUUGGAGCCAAAAAUGGACCUAUUAGAGUCUUCUACAUAGCCGAGACUGACGUUAAAAGAAUCCACGAAACACAUGGGUCUAUUGAUAGCACAACUAAUGCCUGGUUUUAUCUUUAAAUGAUUCAUUCAUUCAAUUGGGUAUUUUGAUUUAAUACAAUUCUUUGGACAUACGUUAUUGCAGUUUUGCACUGUUUGCCAUGGAAAAAAAUUCAAGAAUGCAAAAAUAAGAAGCCCUGGACAACGCAGCCAACAGAUGGACCCAAUGAUGGAAAUAACCAGUUAUUAUGGCCAACAUGACGACGACACAACGACAGCGUCGACGAAAACAGAAAGCUUCAUGUGAUAAAAGAUUUGCGACGCCAGUUCCCAUCAUCAAGCUCGAACAGGCUGAUGACGGGAGCAGAUGACAAGCUCCAGGAACGUUGCAACUGUUUUGUCACAGGAAACCUACAGCGUUUGUCGGUGUUGUCCGUGUGUUGUCUGUAAUACUUCUGUUUAGAUUCAUCGUUGGGUCCAUAUGUUCGCUGUUUUGUCCAGAGUUUCUUUAUUUUUGCAUUCUUGAAUUUUUUUUCCCCCAUUACAAACAGUGCAAAACUGCAAUGGUGUAUGUCCAAAGAAUUUUAUUGAGUUAAUGUCCGGUUGUCUUGAGAGUGGGCCUCGUCUCAUUAACGACUUGGACAUGUUCGUGUGACGAUGUGUCUGCAUUCUCGAUCCAUAACUGAACAAAUUUACUAUCGCUCGUUGGAGCGUAGCUCGAUGAUUGUUUUCCGAGCAGUUACUAACAUUUGGCACACGAAUGAGCCGAUUCCGAGAGGCGGCGUCCACAAAGUUAAUGUUUCUCAAAGAAGACAGUAUUUGAUUACCUUUCCGCGAGGCUAAUUGUUUGACAUGUUUUUCCCUCUACAUGAAAGUAUUGGUUGCGGAAUGGGCAGUCUUAACUGAACACGAGUACGAAACUGGUUUUCACUGACUUUCAAGCAGUUUUAGAUAACAGAACAGUGCAAAUUAUUUUACUCAAGCGACAUAAAAUUUUAUAACCCAAUAUUCUGCUCCUUAACAUAGAAUGAAUUCUUAAAAUAAUAUGUUUCUCUUCCCUCUUUCGCACUUUAGCUUUCCGUCUCUUUUUCCUGCUUCCCCUUUCUCAAUACACAUUCCCCUACUUACCUUUCGACUCAACUUGUUUGAAAUACCACCAGAAUAAUGUUUUGAAAGUUUAAAUCACUUUCAUCAAAAAUUUACGACUAAUAUGUGUUCCAAGGUCAAGAAUGUAAAAAUAGUUUUACCGUGAAUAGACAGUGCCAUAACAGUUUCCUUAUGUAGCGUGUCUGGGUUUAGCAUAAGGUCACGACGCAAGCUUUAGAGUUCCUUUAAAGAUCCCGCAAGAGCAAAUGUUAUUUGCGAUAAAAAUAAAACAAAUAAUUUUAUUAAUUUUCUAACAACAUAUAAUUUUUUAUAAAAUCGUUAAAAAGUCUUUUUAAAUAUGAUAACAUUUUGUUCUAUUGAUAUAGUGAUCAGUGUAUUUAAUAUUUUGGUAAAUUAAUCCAAUUGUAAACAUUUGUAAUACAGAAAAUAUAAAUAAUUGAGGACCUAUAGGAUUUUUUCUCUCUAUAUUUGUCAGUCAUUUUAUAUUUUUUUCAUGAUUUAGCAUGUUAAAUAGUUGAAUUAUCUUUCAGUAACGCAUAGUGAGAAUAGUGCAAUUAAGGUUUUUAAGUAAUUAUGUAAUUGAUGAAGAAUUUAAGCUCUUUAUAUUAUAGUAAGAUCAUAUCAAGGAAGUUUGUGAAGGUUUUUCCUUUCUGUUUAUCUAAGUACUUAUUUCUUACCAAAUGUCAUAGCAAAGUAAUUGAAUUUUUCCAUACAUAUGGGCUGACUUAACUUUAAUGUUACAAAUUUGAGUUUCAUGUAGCUGGUGAACUAGUUCAGGGUAGCUGCCAUGAUAUAGACGCAGAAACAAAUAUUUUUUAAAAUUUUAGCAGCAGCACAAUAAACUCAGAAAACCAAGCGAAAAACAUUAGUGCCCUUAGAACAACUAGUUUCGGCUUUAAAAAUUACUGAUUUACUUGUCAGCGUAUUGAACAUUAAAUAAAUUUAUGUGUUGAAUUAUUUGUUUCAUUAAACAUGUGCCAAAUGUGUGGGAUUGUGAUAAGCUAUUUUUUAAUGCUGCUCAUUUAGUUCGAUGUAAGUGUAAAGUUAUUGUUUGUGUUGGUUUACUCUAACAUACAACUAAUCAACAUUGUCUUUAUAAUCUGUAUUAUAUGUUAAAGAUAGUUCAAGUUUAAAAUUAUUACUUUAAAGGCAGUGACUUUUACACAUAUUAAAAGUAAUUUGUGCUUUCAAAAUGAGUAUGCAUAUAUUUUAAGCUACACAAGCAUACCUAUAAACUAAUAAUUAAUGUGGUUUAUAGCAUCACACUCAGUUUGCAAUUAUAUAUUAAAUGAUGUGUUGAAAUUUAAAUAAACCACACCAUCUGAUAAAUAAUCGUUAGUAAAUUCUAAUGAAGACAGUAUAAUUCAAUCCUUGUCAACAUAUCUUAGAACAAAUAAAUGUGACAUUUUUAUAUUUUAUCUUAAAAUGUACAACAUUUGAUACCCUAGUUAUAAAGGGCUGGACCCAAACAUUUAUACAAAUAACUGGCUUUUACUUGUCAUAGGCUGGUAAUGCUUAUUGCCUGCAUCCUUUAAUAUUAUUAGUUACAUAAAAUUACCAGUGGUAUUACAACGUUAAGAUUUACUAGAUAGCAUAUGUUACUAGAACAAUGUAGCAAUAUGUUCUUCAUUACUUGAAAAUGUAAUUUUCAUGUAAUUUUAAUACUCCAUAGCUUCAUGUCUUUAGAAGUAAACACAAAAUAUCUUCACAUUUCACUGUUGUUUUGAAUAAUUAUUGCAAGUGCAACUGAUUGACAAUGAUUCAGCAAUGUUAAAAUGAUUUUUUGAUGACUUUCCGCUGCUCAAUAAACUUUUGUAAAUUGCGCUCUGUUGUAUAUUAUAACACAGUGACUAAGGAAAAUCAAAUGGAAAAAUCAAGGAAAUGUUAACUAUCUCUAAUGUAUAAUUUUCUCUUUUAGAUAUUUAUCACAAUUAUACAUAACUUUUUAUUUUUUUGUUGUAAUUAAUUUAUGAGCAUAAUCAGGUAGUAAUGUGUAACUAAAUCGACUUAACUUUUAUUGUGUAUGUACUUAAAAAUGAGAGAAGUUUUGGUGAAACAGUACCUACUCAUGGAUUAUUGAACACCUAACAAACUUUAACACGUAACAAUUUUGAGCGUGUUUUGUUUGAAGUAAGGUGACUUUACUUCCCAUUUCAUUUAAGCCUAAUUCAACUGCAGCUAGAAAUAGGAAGUUCAUUGAUUGAACAAAUAAUUUAUGUUUGAUUAGGGAUUUUUUUUAAUUUUUAUUUCCGACCAAUUAUCGUCUUCCAACUCGAUAGACGCGAUGCUGCCAACCAAAACAAUAAUAUGUGUCGAGCAUGCCAUAGCUGUUGCCAGCUGUUUCACCCGCUAGAGACGGUAAGAUACGCACAAACUGUUUAUCAACGAAGAGCAGUAUUUUGUUGUAAACGAUGUUAGCAAUAUUGUUAGUGAAUUUAACAUUACUGUAAAUAACUGCAAGUGUAAAACCCAAUUUGUACGUUUAGACGUUCCCCAAUCAACUAAAAUUUUCGCUGAAGGCUUCCUGCACAACAUUCAGAACUUAGUUCCUCUUCCUUGAAGAUGAAGAUAUGCUGAACAAGCAGGGGUGGUCAUGCGUGCUAGUUAGUGAUGUAACGAUUAUUCACGUAUUUCUUGACAUUUGCAUCAGCAAAAUUCAUGCGAAUAUGAAUAUAAGAGGAAAAUUAUUAAUUUUUAAUCUGAAAAUUAUAUUAAAUAAGACAAAAAAUUAUUUGCUUACCAUUAUUUAUUAAAUAUGUUUAGCAUUUUUAUUAAAUAUGUUUUCUUAUUUCUUUCUAAGAAAAAUUACUUAAGUUUUUUCACUUAGUAAACAUUACAAUUAUAUCUUUUAUCAGCCUUUACGUUAACAUUAUGUAAUAGGUAAAAAAUUGUCAGGCUUAGUAUCAUAAAUAAUCUUUUUUUAUAUUAGAAAAAUAUAUAUAUAUAAUUUAAACAAACACAAACAUAUUAUUUUCUUAAACUUUUACCAGUAUUUACUUACAAAUUAUUUUUAAUGUUAGUGUUUUAAAUAAUCAACUUUUUAAAGUAUAACUAAAAAAAUAUUUAUUUAAACAUUUUUGCUAAUACUUUAACAUUAUUUUACCUUUUAGCGCAUUAAAUAAUCAACUUCUUAAAGAACAAAAAAAGUUACUUUGUUCUUAUUUUUAAAUAAAAGGGCGGUGGCUUCACCGGUAGUACCGACGGCAAACGCUAGGGCGAGCGUCAGUCGCGGCGCCAACAAUUAGUGUCAACCCAGGAUUCGAAAACUGAAUAUUCGCAUUCGCACUCUCAUUCGCGAAAACCUGAAAACUGACAUUCGUCACACCACUAACGCUCACAUUACUGCCUGGACACUCCGCGAAGCCUCCUACCACUCGGCUGCCACUUGGCGCUCCGUGCCAUGUUCGUGGCGCUUCCCGAGACAUUGGCUGGAGAGUGGCGUUUCCUUCGUGGGCAGGGACGGCGCGUCCACACAGGCGAACUAGGCAACCGCCCAGGGCGCCAAGUAGCUGGGGGCGGCGCAGCACGACACAUAACAGCUCAUAUAAUAUGUUUAACGAUUAUUGAAACUAGAUGGAAAUGGAUUUUUGGUAACAGUUUGGAAUGUUUAUAUUGAUAUUAGUAAUUAUUUAAAGUCCACGGUGACCUGUUUAUGAUUUGUAAUAAGUAAAAAAGUAAAAAAAAAAAACACAAGCCUGCUUACAUUUGAUUGUUGACAAAAUCUUAUGAAAAAUUUUUUUUGUGUGUCCGACUGGUUGGGGGGGAAUUAAGGUUUUCGCCUAGGGCGCCAAUUUACCUUUUAACCGGCCCUGUUCGUGGGAACAAUUUUAAAGAACUGUGUUUUAGAGAAGGGACUAUGUUUAACGGCAGGAAUUCAGAUGCCUGCUUAUUGACCAUCCCGAGGCGUUGUCAGGCACAUUCUCCGCAAAAGUCUUGGGCGUCACAACAUGGCGAUGGUGAGGUAGAAAGUGACUUCAACUGUGUCACGGCACCUCGUCUCCAGACAGUUCCCAACUCCGUGUGAACAAGAAUAUUUUUCACUUCAGAGAUAGAUUUUUUUUUACUGUCCUGUUUACAGUUCACACAUUAUUUAGUCAUGUGUUGCUACAGGAAAAAAAAUUUUUUUUUUGUUAUGCUCAGUUAAAAUACAAUAAUAUUUACUUAGUCUUCACCUCAGCCGUUGUACUACAUAUUGUGUUCUUUUUUGACUUGAGCAAAAAAAAAUAAUGUUGGACUUGUACACUUACUCUUCCUAAGUAAGUAAAGUUAUUCACAGAAUUUUUUAAGUAAUACUUGUUUUUGAAUUUUAUUAUAUUUAUUUAUUGUUUGAAUUUUGGAAUCUCACAAAAGAUUAUAUUAAAGUAAUUUUCUGCUUUCGUGGACUAUGACCAUAUCCAUUACUUAGUAGGACUUGAUUUAUUUAGCACUGCUUGUUUCAUCUAUCUUCCUCUUGCCCAGUGCUGACUCCUGUAUAAAGCCUUCAGUGAAAAUAGUAUUAAGACCCACUGAGAGAAUUGUUCUCAUGCUCAUGUGUUUUGUUUGGUGCUAUGUCAUAUGUUGUAAAAUAUUUAUGUAAUUAUUUGUGAUAGGUCUCAGAUAGUGAAACAUGUUAUGUAUACUUUUUAUAAACAUAUGUGUUGAAAUCAUAAAUUGCAAAUGCUUUGUGCUAAAAAAAAUAUCAGUAACAAUUAUAAAAUUGUGGUGCAUACAGGUAUGAAUUUCCAUUUGUUUAGCUCAAUAUUUCUUAACGAAAUAAAGUAUACCAAUGUUAAAAA